UGCAUGGUGGGACUCUUUCCCAUGGCACGUGUACUGGGGAAGCGGACUGGGGGCGGGCACACGGGUCUGGGUUCAGCCCGGCACCGGCACGUGGUCGCCUCGACGUGACCUCCAUCGCGAUGCCCCGCGCGCCCGGGUGCCAGGCCGUCCGCGCCCUGCUGCGCACCCGCUACCGCGAGGUGUUGCCACUGGAGACCUUCGUGGGGCGCCUGGGACCCGAGGGCCACCAGCUCGUGCGACAGGAUGACCCUGAGGCCUUCCGCACCCUGGUGGACCAAUGCCUGGUGUGCGUGCCUUGGGAUGCCCACCCUCCCCCAGCCUCCCCCUCUUUCCGUCAGGUGUCCUCCCUGAAGGAGCUGGUGGCCAGGGUCCUGCAGAGGCUCUGUGAGCGCGGCUCCAGGAACGUGCUGGCCUUUGGCUUCGCGCUGCUGAACGGGGCCCGGGGUGGACCGCCCAUCGCCUUCACGACCAGCGUGCGCAGCUACCUGCCCAACACGGUCACCGAGUCCCUGCGCGUGAGCAGCGCGUGGGCGCUGCUGCUGCGCCGCGUGGGCGACGACGUGCUGGCCCACCUGCUGUCGCGCUGCGCGCUCUACCUGCUCGUGCCUCCCAGCUGUGCCUACCAGGUGUGCGGGUCGCCUCUGUACGAACUGGGCUCCCCCGCCGAUGCCUGGCCCCUGUCCUCCGUGGCGUCUCCCGGCCGCAGGUGGUCGAUGCCACGCGCACCGGGGAGACACAGGAACCUUGGAGGCACCAGCCGGCUAUGGGAGGCGCCAGCCCAAGGUGCCAAGCGACGUCUGGACGGUCCAAGCGCAAGUCUGCCUUUGGCCAAGAAGCCCAGGUACCACCUACUGCAGGAAGAAGGACCCGGCAGGCGGGCAACUGCAGCCCACCAGGGCAAGGCGUGCGUUCCAGGUCCUGCCGAGACUUCUCCAAGAGUUGUCGUGGAGGCCACAGGUUCGGAGGGAAAGGCAUCGAGUUCCGGCGCCGCGCGCGUCUCCUCCGCAUCGCUAUGGUCUGAGUAUGAAACCAGCUCUCCGACGUCACCUGUGUCACGGCCGUGCCAGGAUGCCCUGCGGCCCCAGCCAUGUGUGGAGACCAAACGCUGCCUCUAUUCCUGGCCGGGUGGCCAAGAGCGACUGGGUCACACGUUCCUGCUCAGCACCCUGCGGCCCAGCCUGACGGGCGCCCGGAGGCUCUUGGAGACCAUCUUUCUAGGCCUGCCACCAAAGGGGUCCGCAGCUCCCCGCAGCACGCGCCGUCUGUCGCCUCGCUACUGGCGGAUGCGGCCCCUCUUCCAGCAGCUGCUUUCAAACCAUGCCCGGUGCCCGUACCGUGCGCUCCUCAGGACGCACUGCCCGCUGCGGGUCACAGCCAGCCGGUCCCGGACACCUGCGGCCGCCCCCGAGGACACGGGACCGCAGGCUGUCAUACGGCUGCUCCGCUGUCACAGCAGCCCCUGGCAGGUGUACGCGUUCCUGCGGGCCUGUCUGCGAAGGGUGGUGCCCCCAGGUCUCUGGGGUUCCAGGCACAACGAGCGUCGUUUCCUGAGGAACACGAAGAAGUUUCUCUCCCUGGGCAAGCACUCCAAGCUCUCUCUGGGAGAACUGACCUGGAAGAUGAGGGUGCAAGACUGUGUCUGGCUGCGCAGUAGCCCAGGGGCCAGCUGCGUGCCAGCUGCGGAGCACCGCCUGCGGGAGAGGGUGUUGGCCUCGUUCCUGUUCUGGCUGCUGGACACGUACGUGGUCCAGCUGCUGCGAUCGCUGUUCUACAUUACGGAGACCACGUUCCAGAAGAACAGGCUCUUCUUCUACCGCAAGAGCGUGUGGAGCAAGUUGCAGAGGCGCGGGGUCAGGCAGCACUUUGAGAGAGCGCGGCUGCGGGAGCUGUCCCCAGCCGAGGUCAGGCGACACCAGAAAACCUGGCCGUCCGUACCAACUUGUAAACUGCGUUUCAUCCCCAAGCCCAGUGGUCUCCGGCCUAUUGUGAACAUGGACACCAGAGGCCUCCACAGAGAGAGGAAGGGUCAGCAUUUCACCCAGCGCAUCAAGACUUUGUUCAGUGUUCUCAACUACGAGCGGGCACAGCAUCCCGGCCUCCUGGGGGCGUCUCUGCUGGGCAUGGAUGACAUCUACAGGGUCUGGAAGGCCUUUGUGCUACGUGUGCGUGCUCAGGACCCCACACCCAGACUGUACUUUGUGAAGGCGGAUGUGACGGGGGCAUAUGACGCCAUCCCCCAGGACAAGCUUAUGGAGGUGGUUGCCAGCGUGAUCAAGCCCCAAGAAAACACGUACUGUGUCCGUCAUUAUGCUGUGGUUCAGAGAUCGGCCCAGGGCUACAUCUGCAAGUCCUUCAGGAAACAGGUCUCCACCCUCUCCAACCUCCAGCCGUACAUGCGCCAGUUUGUGGAGCAGCUGCAGGACGCGAGUGCCCUCAGGGACGCCGUGGUCAUCGAGCAGAGCUCCUCUCUGAACGAGACCAGCAGCAGCUUGUUUGAUUGCCUCCUGCACUUUGUGCGUAACAGCGUCCUGAGGGUUGGCGGCAGGUGCUACGUCCAGUACCAGGGGAUUCCACAAGGCUCCAUUCUGUCCACCCUGCUCUGUAGCCUGUGCUAUGGGGACAUGGAGAACAAACUGUUUGCCGGAGUUCAGCAGGAUGGGGUGCUCUUGCGUUUAGUCGAUGACUUCCUGUUGGUCACACCUCAUCUGGCCCAGGCGAAAGCCUUCCUCAGAACCCUGGUCCAAGGUGUGCCCGAGUAUGGCUGCACGAUAAACCCGCAGAAGACGAUCGUGAACUUCCCUGUGGAGGGCAGCGCCCGGGACGCCACGGUCCCUCCCCAGCUGCCCGCUCACUGCCUGUUCCCCUGGUGCGGCCUCUUACUGGACACCCAGACGCUGGAGGUGUUCUGCGACUACUCCAGCUAUGCCGGAACCUCGAUCAGGGCCAGCCUCACCUUCCACUGUGGCUCCAAUGCCGGGAGUGUCAUGCGUCACAAGCUCUUGGCGGUCCUGCGGCUGAAAUGUCACAGUCUGUUCCUCGACCUGCAGGUGAACAGCCUCCGUACCGUCUGCAUCAACGUGUAUAAAAUCUUCUUGCUUCAGGCCUACAGGUUGCACGCGUGCGUACUGCAGCUUCCGUUUGACCAGCGAGUUCAGAAGAACCCUUCCUUCUUCUUGACCGUCAUCUCUGACAUGGCAACCUGCUGCCACGCCACCCUGAGAGCCAAGAACGCAGGGAUGUCACUUGGAGGCAGGGGUGCCUCGGGCCCAUUUCCGUCUGAAGCUGCUCGAUGGCUCUGCUACGAGGCCUUCCUGCUCAAGCUGUCCUGCCACCCCGCCACCUACAAGCGUCUCCUGGGGCCCCUCAGGACUGCCCGAGAUCAGCUGUUCCAGAAGCUUCCCGAGGCAACAGUGGCCAUCCUCAAGGCAGCAGCUGACCCUACCCUGACCACAGACUUUAAGAACAUCCUGGACUAACCAGCCCUCCUCAGAUAGGAUAACCGUGGACUUUGGUCCCUCCCCUUCGGGGUCUGUAUUGCAUUGGAGCUGGCCUGUGUGAGGCUGGUGGUCCACCUAAGACCCCCCCCGAGCCGUGGGCGGUAGGACUGAGGUGUACCCUGAUGUCCUGCUUCCUGUGCCGGGCUCAGUUUCUUCCCUGGUGUCUUCAAGGAAACAGAGCCCACCCACUGAGGCGCUCAAAUGACAGGGGACCCCCCCUUCCUCCCCCCCUCCUUCAGCCACCAUAUGCCAGGAGGAGGAAGGGGACCUGUGUGGGCUUGGGACUGUGGGAGAUACCCUGGCCCAUGUUGUCAGGAGCCUUGUCCUCCCUGCCCUCACAGUGGGGGCUCUUGCACCCAGUUUCUCGUGUGCUGCUAGGCUGUCUGGUUUGGAAUUAGGGGUUGGUGGGGGGGGGGUGACUUCUUGCUGACUACCCAUCCUGGGGUAAACAUGGACCCCAUGUCACCCAGGCCUUAUAAAAAGCCAUGAACUUUCGCAAAGUA